UUCAGUUUGUGCUGCACACAACGUGCAUUUUCCCCUUUCAGAAGGGCAUCAGACCGGAUAUUAACUGCUUUCAAGCGUCCUUCACUCUGUAAAGUGUACUCUAAGUGGGAGGAACUUAUAUAGGGAAAAAUAAUAAUACUUUGUUGAACUGGUAAAUUUCCGACAGAUCUCCGUUACUUUCCCCACUGAAAGUCCUGAAAGAAACCGAAGCAGCCCGUGGACGGCGCCGGAGCGGUUGGAUUUCUCUCCACAUCACACAGCAGGGAUACCGCUGCGACACAGGGAGAGAUCAUCCGCCCACCACCAUGUCGUCGCCGGGGAUGCGCGAAGCAUCGUCCCCCCUCCAGUUAUGCAGGGUUAUGCUGCCUGACGACGCCAAUAUUAUGGGUACUGUACACGGUGGCAUCAUCCUCAAGAUGAUCGAGGAAGCUGGAAGCAUCGUCGGCACGCGGCACUGCAACACGCAGAACGGAGACCGCUGUUUGGCAGCUCUGGUUCGUGUGGAGAAGACGGAGUUUCUGUCCCCCGUGUUCAUCGGCGAGGUGGUCCACGUCUCCGCCGUGAUCACUUACACCUCCAAGCACUCGCUGGAGGUUCAGGUCAAAGUCAUUGCUGAAAACAUCCUGACAGGUGCAAAAAAGCUGGCCAACAAGGCGGCGCUGUGGUACGUCCCCUGCUCUCUGCAGAAUGUUGACAAGAUCACAGAGGUGCCUCCGAUUAAGUACGCUAGUGCAGAGCAGGAGGAAGAAGGCAGGAAGCGCUAUGAAGCACAGAAAGUCGAGAGACUGGAGACCAAAGCGAGGGUUGAGGAGGCGAUACCACCUCCACCAAACCCAGAGGAUGCACCGAAAGAAAGAUACACAGUUGGCUUCAGCCAGUCCAGCCUGAUCCAUCUGGUGGGGCCCUCAGACUGCACACUGGAUGACUUUGUCUACGGGGAUCGCCUUGACCGCAACAUCCAGAGACUGAUGGAGUGA